AUGUCUUUUUAUAAUUCAUUUUUAUUUUUGACAGUUUUAUUUUUAAAUUUUUAUCAAAAUUCAUAUACUAUCUUGUCUUCUCAAAAGGAUGUCACUGUCAAAACUAAAUUAGGAUAUAUUCAAGGAACAGAAUCUAUAUUUUUAAAUGAAAAAGUUCGUUAUUUUUUAAGUGUACCAUUUGCAGAACCACCUAUUGGAGAUUUAAGAUUUAAACCACCAGUUACUAAAAAACCAUGGAAUAAUACAUUAAGAGCAAAAAAAUUAUCACCAGCAUGUUUUCAAAAUCGUGAUACAUAUAAUGAAUCAUUUUGGGGUAGUGAAAUGUGGAAUGCUAAUACAGAAAUUUCAGAAGAUUGUCUUUAUAUGAAUAUAUGGGCACCAGCAUCUGCUCAUAAUUUAACAGUUAUGGUAUGGUUAUUUGGUGGUGGUUUUUCAUCUGGUAGUCCAUCAUUAAUAUUAUAUGAUGGUAAAGCUUUAGCUUUACAAGGAAAUGUUAUUGUUAUUAAUAUCAAUUAUAGACUUGGUCCAUUUGGUUUCUUAUAUUUAGAUCAUGAAGAUGUACCAGGUAAUGUUGGUAUGCUUGAUCAACAAUUAGCUUUAAAAUGGAUAAAAGAUAAUGUUGUUUAUUUUGGUGGUAAUCCAAAUCAAAUAGCAUUAUUUGGUGAAAGUGCCGGAGCAAGUAGUAUUAUGGCUCAUUUAAUUGCUCCAGGAAGUAAAGGUAUAUUUAAGAAUGGUAUAUUACAAUCUGGAUCAUUAGAUAACAAAUGGAGUAUGGAUACUCCACAACGUGGAUUAGAUAAAAGUCAAAAAUUAGUUAAUGAAGUACAAUGUAAUCGUUCAACUAUUGAAGAGACAAUACAAUGUAUGAGAAAUGUUCCACCAGGAACACUUGUCGAUAAUAUGUGGUCAAUAACUAGUUAUUUUCUUGAAUUUCCACUUGUAAUAAUUUCUAAAGAUCGUAAUUUUUUCCGUAAAAUUGAUGCAUUUGAUGCUUUACGUAAUAAACAAUAUGAUAAAGAUAUUAAUUUAAUGAUAGGAAUAAAUCAUGAUGAAGGAAAUUAUUGGAAUAUAUAUAAUUUAAAAGAAUAUUUUGAUAAGGCGGAACAACCAUUAAUAUCUUUAGAUGAGUUUAAUGAAUGUGUUGAUACGGCAUUUAAAGAUCAAUCUUCAGUAGUAAGAAAUAGUGCAAAAAAAGUUUAUGGCACUGAUGAUUGUAAAUUACUUGGACAAGGGAGACAUAAAUUUUUCGCAGAUCAAAUAAAUCAAAUGGUUGGUGAUUAUUUUUUUACAUGUGAUUCAUUAUGGUUUGCUGAUCAAUAUGAACAUAAUCCUGGUAAAAUUUAUGUUUAUUAUUUUGAUCAACCAUCGAGCGCUAAUCCAUGGCCAACAUGGACAGGUGUAAUGCAUGGUUAUGAAAUAGAAUAUGUAUUUGGUGUACCAAUAUAUAAUGACACAGCUGGUUAUACUAAACGCGAAUAUCAUUUUAGUCAAAAAAUUAUACAAUUUUGGACAAGUUUCUCAUCUACUGGAAAACCAACUUUAAAAAAUGGUAAUAAACAUGAAAAAGAUUGGCCACCUUAUAGAGGAGGAUAUAAAUGGGGAAAAUGGAUGAAUUUAAAAGCAGGUUCCCAUAUGUCUCCAAUAAAUGCUAAAAAAGGAAAAGAAUGUCAUAUGUGGAGAGAAGUAAAAGAUAUGGAAUAUAAAACUUACAAGUUAUCUCGUUCUUUACUUAUUAAUGGUUCUUCACAAUACAAAACCAAUGUCAUCUUCUUAGUAAUGAUCUCAUCGGCUACCUUUAUUUUCAAGACAAUAUUUUAUAAAAACUAUUAA